UGUCUGCUGUUGCAAUGGCGUUUGCUGCGACAGCACUUUCCGGCAGCAGGGAAAUCGAGGAGAAAGCAGCGACAAACGUCGCCAGCGGUUACGUUAUCGCCUCUAAUAUCCUUGGAUUUAUGCAAUAUUCGGUGAACUAACUCAUAUAUUGAUUGUAUAUCCCUUCGCCUUGUGGAUGAGCGUGUGUUCGACGUUUUCCAAGCGUGAAUCUCCACCUUAAUGCGGUGGGAUGGCCACAGUGCCGCCUGGGCCUAGUAGCGCACUGCCCGCAUCCCCAGCUGAAAUUCCUCCUUUCCCCGGGGCUGGGAGCGCAGAGCCGGCGGGGGAAGACGGAGAGGCGGCCUGCCACAGGGAGGACUGUUUAACCGACGGUACAGGGAAGACGUCAGAACCGGUAAGCGAAGUCAAUAGGUCGGUUAAUAAGAAGCAGAAAAACAUGCUAGCGCGAGCUAGCCCGGCGGCGCUUCACCUCAAAAUGCAAGCCCGAGAGCAGCAGCUAAACGGCUUGACCAGCCCCUUGGAGGACGCUGACAGCCACCAACACACAGGAAACCGGCCUAACAACCCGAGACCGUCCGUGGACAACUGUGACAGCAGCAGCAGCGGCAGCAAUGAGGAGGCUCCGGCCGCUAGAAACAAUAGUGAGCAUUGCCAACAUGAAGGCCACAGCCCCUUCUCCAAAAACGGCAGUCACUCUCCCCUAGUUAACAAUAGCAUGAACGGGAUGCCGGGUUUCACAAGAACUGAGGCGGCCCACGGCCACCCCGGGGACGAAGGCAAAGAGGAGUUUGACCUCACGGAGCCACCGAGACCGCCGAGUGACGAACCGCCGGAUGCCGGGCCCGGCGGGGAUGAGAGCCUCGCUGACCCACAGCAGCUGCAGCCGCCAACCGUGGAGCUGGCCCGGCUCGGCCUGAGCGGCUCUCCCGGCCGAGCGGAAGAGGACAGCCACGGCAUCCGCUAUGUCCGCUACGAGUCCGAGCUGCAGAUGCCGUGGAUCAUGAGACUGAUCACCAAGGACUUGUCUGAGCCUUAUUCAAUUUACACAUACAGGUACUUCAUCCACAACUGGCCGCAGCUCUGCUUUCUGGCCAUGGUGGAGCAGGAGUGUGUCGGAGCCAUCGUAUGUAAGCUUGACAUGCACAAGAAGAUGUUCCGUCGUGGCUACAUCGCCAUGCUGGCUGUGGACUCGAAACACAGAAGGAAAAGCAUCGGUACUAAUCUGGUGAAAAAGGCCAUCUAUGCCAUGGUGGAGGGUGACUGUGACGAGGUUGUUUUGGAGACUGAAAUCACCAACAAAUCAGCCCUGAAGCUGUACGAGAACUUGGGUUUUGUCAGAGACAAGCGGCUGUUCAGAUACUACCUGAACGGAGUGGACGCGCUGCGGCUCAAACUGUGGCUCCGCUAGAGGAAAGAAAGGGACGGGGAGAACGGGACAGCGGGUGCUGUUCAACUCGUACGCUAUCGGCUUGACAGCCUCAGCUCUGCCCUGGUCAUUUCACUCUCAUACACACACAGCACACACACACACGCAUACACAUUCAUACACACACACACACCUGUGUACAAACAUAAGGAGUAUGCACAUAGGUAUGCAUAGACACACAAACACACCCUCUUUUUGUCCCUGACCUCCGAACAACUGUUGUUUAGGCAGAACCAGACUGACAUCCCACCUGAUGUUGUCAUGAAGGGGCCCCUGAUACUUUCUGUGAUGAGGAGGGGGGCGAGCGAGGGUGGUCUCUGGGAUGACCUUGACAGGGGGACUAGAUGACCUUUUGACCUUCAAGCUUGGAUGCCGCAUUGAACCGGGUUGUGAGGCAGCUCAAGUGAAGACGUGCAUCCGAACCCCCAGAGGAUGUGGCACCUCACUAAAUCCUCCUGCAGAACACGGGACAAACCCAGACUUAAAAGAAAACAACAUGUGAAACAAGGAAGCGGGGCGGUGAAAACAGACUGGGAAAUGAAAAUAUUUGUGGAGUUUAUUUUUGUGUUUUCUUUUUUAACCUUGUGAGCGGGACGGGGGAAAAAGCUAUAGUAUGACUGUGUGUUUGUACCGCCUCAUGUUUUUUCUUUUUGGAGUGUUUGGCUUGAUUUUGUGUCCAUGUGUACGUGGCGUGGUUGAUUUCACUGUGAGCAAGUGUUUGUGUGACUGUGUGAGCGCAUGCUUUGGUUGGAACUGUGCGUACUGUUUUUUGUUUCCCAUCCUGUCCGGUGGGCACAGCAGCUUCUGGUUUCUGUUUCCAUGACCUGCCUCAGCCUCCAGGACUGAAGCCUGUAAAGAUAUGCAUGCAUUUAUUUUUAAUGUGAGUGCGGGGAAAAGUGUGAAGAGUGUGUGUUAAUUAACCCAGUCUGAGGCUAACCCCCCGAACGCCUUCCUGUGUUUGGUGGAAGCAUGUUGGUGCAGAGCAGUUGAUCGAAAACAAAUCACUCCAUUAGCACCUCAAACAUUGCCCAACUGGUAGAUCGGCCACCUUCUUCAAUGUCCUUCACUAAAUCCCUCAUCAAACGCUGACAGUAUGAGUGAGGAGUUAAAAAAUGCUCUUCCUAUUAUGGCAAAUCGGAACUUGUUUUUCCCCAAUGCACUGCAAAAUUCCCAAAAAGGAGUCUUAAAGAAUCUCCUUGCCAAUGAUGGUGUGGUCAAAUGUGUCCUAGCUGUCUCGGUUUACUG